GCUGGAUGGGAAGAAGAGCAGCCAGGACUCGAACCGGCGCCCAUAUGGGAUGCCGGCACUGUAGGCGGCGGUUUUACCCGCUAAGCCACAGCGCCGACCCCCAAACAGUAUUUAAAAUUCAUGUGACCGGCUUUUACAACUCUAGCUUCAGGUGCUUUGUUCCUCUCCCCCAGACCCUUCCACUGAAUUUUGUAGGGUACUGAUCUCGUUAGUCGCGCUGGCAGGACAGGAACUACAUUACCCAGAAUGCCGUGCGUCCAAUCUACGAACGUUUUGGCCAAUGAAGGCCUAAAAGACACUUCCCGCCAGUGCGCACUGCUUUGGGGCGGGACUUCCGGCGCGCUAGGCUGGGCGAUCGUUCUGCUGGUUUCUGAUUUGAUUACCCCGGCGCUGGUCCCAGUCUGGUGCAGAUCCUAGUAGCUGGGGCGCCAAGGGGCUUAGGGCAGGCGUUUCUCCCCGCUGCAGACGGAACAGACGUGAGGCUCAGUGUGAGCGGCGCCCGAGAUUCGCUCCCGGACUCUCCGGCCGUGGCGCUUCCCGAGGUCCCAGUCUGCCCGCAGCCUCUGUGGCAGCGGCCAAGAUGGUGAAAUCGCCCCGGCUCCCCAUGGCGGCUGAGGGCUUUGUGGAACCGUCACAGGGCCAGGUGACCUUUGAGGAUGUCGCUGUGCACUUCUCCCAGGAGGAGAGGGGGCUCCUUGAUGAAGCCCAGAGAUGCCUGUAUCACUGUGUGAUGCUGGACAACUUUGCACUUACAGCCUCGCUGGGUACUUGUGGCAAGCUGUCCUCACCGAAGUCUUCACACACUUCACCUGUGCUUUCUGUGCUGUCAGGGUGCUGCCAUGGAGUAGAGGCUGAAGCAGCCCAUCCUCGGCACACUGCUUCCCUAGAAGUAGUGCCCCAGGCCAGGGCUCCAAAGCCUGGUCCAGCCAUCCCCAAACCUCAUCCCUGUGAGAUGUGCAUCCUAGUCACGACAGACAGCUUGUUCCUGGCUGCACACUAGGGAGCGCUUCCUGGGCAGAAACCAUACACCUGUGUGGCAAACAUGAUCUUGCCUGUGAGUAACUGCGAAGUCCCUAUCUCAGAAAACCCUUUCACAUGCAAAGACAUUGAGAAGAAUUUGCUGGGCAGCGUGGGCCUUCAGCACCCGACUGACCGCAGUAGCGGGUAUCCACCUGUAAGCAGGGAGACCUUUCAGAAGGAGCAAAGGCACUGCAAAUGAAGCAGCCAUGAGAGCGCUCACAGUGCAGAAAGAGCUUAGGAAUGCAGUGAAUGCGACAAGUCUUUGAACUCCAAUGACUCAGAGGUGAGGCACCACAGAACUCACAAUGGAGAAAAGCCUUAUGUGUGCAGUAUAUGUGGGAAGUCCUUCCACCACAAACAAACAUUUGUUGGGCAUCAGCAGAGAAUCGACACUGGAGAAAGGCCUUAUGUGUGUGCUGAAUGUGGGAAAUCUUUUAUUCAGUCCUCCGACACCAGAGAAUUCACCAUGGAGAAAGGGCCUAUGAGUGCAGUGACUGUGGGAAAGCCUUCAUCUACAGUCACUUCUUGACCACCAGCGAAUCCAUACUGGAGAGCGACCUUGUGAGUGCAAGGAAUGCGGCAAAGCCUUUAUCCACUAGAAGAGACUCCUGGAGCACCAGCGAAUUCACACUGGAGAGGAACCGUACGUGUAUCCCAAGUGUGGCAAGGCCUUUAUUCACUCAUCUGACUAUAUUCGACACUAGAGGACACACAGUGCAGUGACUGUGGGAAGUGCUUCAUCUGCAAACAAUCGCUUCUUAAGCACCACAAGACUCACACUAGGGAAAGACCUUACGAGUGCAAGGACUGUAGGAAACGCUUCCAUCUUAAGGCUAAACUUCUUCAGCACCAGAGAAUCCACGCAAGACGACAAAAUUAUGAGUGUUAUGAAUGUGGGAAGGCUUUCAGCCCCCAAAACAAGCUUCUUGAGCACCAGAGAAUCCACAGUGGAGAAAAGCCUUGUGAGUGUAGUGAAUGUGGGAAGUGCUCAGGCACCACAUCGGCCUCAUUCAACACCAGAGAGUUCACAGUGGAGAGAGGCCCUACAGAUGCACUGCCUGUGGCAAGUCCUUCAUCUACAAGAACAAACAUCGAGCAGCAGAGAAUCCACCCUGGAGAAAAGCCCUAUGAAUGCAGUCAGUGUGGGAAGACCUUCAACAAACGGUAUUCCCUUGCCAGGCACCAGAAAAUUCAUACAAGAGAAAGGCCUCAGUCAUUCAUGGGAAGCACUGUCACCAUGGUCACAACUCAAAGACAGAUAUUUCAAGGGCUGCAGACAGGAGCUGAACCUUGUAUCUCAAAGCCAGGGGCUCACCAUGAGAGCUAAGCACUUGAGAAACUUUCUGCAGCUAACUUGCACUCUACAGUCUGCUUAGCAUCAAGCACAUGCUGCCCUAUGUUAUAUCCCCAAUAUCCCCAGCCCUUAAGGGAAUCCUGAAUAAUAGGAACCUUUGGGGGUCAUCUUCCAUCCUGCUGAACUGUUUCAGACAGACAAGAACCUGCACUGGCCAGAAGAACCAUCUGAGUUCUGCUGGCUUGGAGGUUUUUGCUGUCUUCAUAGAUGCCAUUUGUGUGAUUAAUGUUCCCUAUUUCAAAUCACCUGAGGGAAAACCGUCUGUCUCAGUACGUACUGAUAAAUACCUGACUGUUCAGGCCAUUUUUAGCCUUGGUGGGGGCACAUGUACCAUGCAGGAUCAGUUUGGAACUGAAUUGUGCUCUGCCGCUGUGAAGGGGGAACAGCUUUGGUGGGCUAGUCUUCAUGUGGCUCAAUGGUACCCUAUGCAUCAGAAAAUAAUUCUUAGUCUUGUUAUAAUUUUCCUUGCUCACUUGGGCCUCCUAGGCAAGACUGCAGGGCCGGGUGAUCCUGACUGUAUGGUGUGCAUGACAUGUAUUUCUAAGGGGCUCUGUGUGAGUUUUGUUCCCAGUGAUACUCUAUGUAUCCUGGCACAGUUCAUGGGAAGCUAUUUCCCAAGUCCUUUCCAAGUACAGGAUUUGGUAGGCAGUUUGUGAGACUGACGGGGGGCCAGGUACAACAUGACUUGUUGGCCCAGAAGUCCCUGUAGUAAAUGGGGAGUGGAGAAGAUUGCAGCUAAGCACAUCCAGAAGAGCCAUCUUACUCUGGCUUUACACUUUGGAGGUACAGACAGAUCUCACCAGGCUUAGAUGUUUCUUCUGUGGUCAGUUACUGUCAGCAUAAACAUCUUUGGGACUCAGAACUUUUGCAGACUGUUUUGAGUGCUGCACAGCAGUAAAGCAGUUUGAAGGCAGACAGGUCUAUCAUCAAAGUAUGAUGACACUUCAAAAAGUUUACGGAAAAUGCAUAGUAUAAAAACUAUGGGUUUCAAAAUAUUUUUGCUCCAAAAUCAACAUCUUUUAAUUGUACCCAUGAACUUCUAUCAAAGUAUGAUGACACUUCAAAAAGUUUACGGAAAAUGCAUAGUAUAAAAACUAUGGGUUUCAAAAUAUUUUUGCUCCAAAAUCAACAUCUUUUAAUUGUAUCCAUGAACUUCUUGUGAAGUGCCCUUGUGUGUGGUUUUAAGACUAAAAUUUUUAAGUGUCUCAAAUGGGGAUUAUUUUCACUGCUUGCCACUAUUGCUGCCAUGGGAAAGGCUGUCCCUCAUAACUUAAGAAUUUUUUUUUUUCCCACAGUGCACCUGCUCCAACUCUGACAAGUGCAUUCUUUUUAUUGUAAAAGACAAAGGCAGGGAAUGGCGCUGCCAGGGUUGGGGUAGCCAGACGUCUAGAGCCACGAUGACACAGCGGCGCGCCCGGGGAGGCCAAAGAGGAGCCGAGACCACACCACCGCCCAGGAUGCUCAGCGGAUUGUGUACUUGUCCCACUUCUUCUCAGGGUCGUAGGGUUCCCAGUGGCUGGUGGGGAAGAUAUGCUUGUUUUUCAUACCAGCUCCUCAGCACCACCUUGCCAGCAUGGGACUCAUCCUUCUCCACGGUGGCGUCACUGAGCAGCCGCACAUCAUCAUGAAAGUCAAAGUUGAAGAGUGGCCCACUCUUUCCCCGGGCCUUGGUGACGAUGAAGUCGUAGAAGCUGUGAUGGUGGGGGAUGAUCAAGUCCUCCUUGAUGUACAUGAGCUGCUCCACGCCUGCCGACCUGAGCUCACUGAAGUCUUUACGAAGGAUCUCGAGCGCCUUCUGUAGGAACUGCUGCAUUGUGUUGCCCUUUUUCAUCUUGACUGUCCGCCGGUGCCCGGAGCCAUCCCAGUAACUGAAGAUGAUCUCCAUCUCCUCGCUUUUGAUCUCUUGCUUGGCUUCCCACUCCUGCCGCAACUCCUCCCGAAGCCGGUUCUCUUCCUCCUCAUGGUCUCGGUCAGGCAAGAAGUUUGUGUCGACAUCUGGAUUCUUCCCUAACUUCCUCUUCUUCGUGGUGACCUCUUCCCUUUCCAGCUCCUCCUUGUACAUGGCUGCCUCCUCUUCUUCAGGGUGAAAGACAGGCUAGAGAUCUUCCGCUUGGCCUCCUUCUUGCGCUCCUUCUCUCGCAGUUUCUCCAGCUUCAGCUGAAGCUCCUUUGACUGCUCCUUCUUGGCCAGCUGCUUCUCCCGCUCCUUCACUAGGGCCUCCUGCUUGGCCUUCAUGUCAUUUAGGGUCACCAGACCCACGGUGCUGGGCUUGAGCUCUGCCUCCACCGCAUCGUAGUGAGCAGAGAACUUCUUGUCGAUAUCGGAUUUCAUUAUGUUCUCUGCAAUCCACUGCUUCAUCUGCUCCAUCUGCUCGCGCUGCUUCUCUCGUUUCUUCAUAAGGUGCAUGGCGUGGCCCGCCUCGCUUGCAGCGCCCUUGUAUUGAGCCAUGGCGGCAGCAGCACUGACAGCAGCCUGGCUGGGUGGCAGCAGCGGCCAAGAAUUUUUAAUUAUAACUAAAUCUUGCAACAAAAAAAGGGUGGGGCAUAGAUUUAAAAAACUUUUAAAAUGGUUCUACACAAAAAUAUAAAACUUAAGUAAUCUUGAUAAGUCUUAUAUUCAAAA